AUGACCCGACGUUCACGGAGCAUGGCGGUGGGGGAUGCGCAGGACCCGGUAUGGGCGGAAUAUGGCCUGGCGCUGGGAAGCGUCGUGAUGGACGGGAUCGCACGGGUGAUGCAGCGCGUGGGUAUCGAUGCGUCGGGCGUGCAGGUGAUGGCUCGAUGGAACGAGUGGGAGCAAGGGGGCGUGCACACCGCGCUGGCGAUACCCCCGCAUGACCGCCUCUUGGGCCGCGGUCCAGGGCACAUGGUGAAGGCAGCGCCGGGCGAAGGGAAGUUCAGCUACGUGUCGAUUGAUGGGGGGGGAGGCGAGUGGUAUGCUCGGUGCCUCAUGCUCUUCCAUUUCAUGGACGUAGAGGCCCAGAUUCACAGGCGCGCCGUGGUGCGGUACUUCGACGAGCAUCCCACUCCAUGCCCCGUGACGGGAUGCGUGAGGCUCUUGCCAACUGAGGGAGAAGAUGAGUAUGCCGUUGUCGAGGUGGAGAGCAUUCUCUCCCUUGCCCACAUUGUCCCGUGUUUCACAGAGUCCCGGUUCUCUUUGGUUAACCGGUUCCUGUUUGAUGAGUGA